UAUUCCGCGUUGGCCUGGACGUGGCACCGAGGAGGAGCUGCGCCCACUCUGCCUGAUCUCCGGCACAUCUCCGCUUCUUCUCUGGCUCGGACCAGCAGCCUCACUUCAACAAACCGGCGGACAUUGUCCGGCGUUAGCUUUUAAUCGUUCCCGCUGCCGAACCGGGACUUUCUUAACAAAAUGGGUCUGACUAUCUCGUCUCUGUUUUCCAAGUUCUUCGGGAAGAAGCAGAUGAGGAUACUGAUGGUCGGUUUGGACGCUGCUGGCAAAACAACCAUCCUGUACAAACUGAAGCUCGGAGAGAUCGUCACCACCAUUCCGACUAUCGGUUUUAAUGUGGAGACGGUUGAAUACAAAAACAUCUGCUUCACAGUCUGGGAUGUCGGUGGUCAGGACAAGAUCAGACCUCUGUGGAGACACUACUUCCAGAACACACAGGGCCUGAUCUUUGUGGUGGACAGUAACGACAGAGAGAGAGUAGCAGAGUCAGCAGAGGAGUUAUCAAAGAUGAUCCAGGAGGACGAGCUGAAGGAGGCGGUGCUUCUUGUUUUUGCCAACAAACAGGAUUUACCCAACGCCAUGGGAGUGAGCGAACUGACUGAUAAACUGGGUUUGCACAGCCUGCGUAGCAGAACCUGGCAUGUCCAGGCCACCUGUGCCACUCAGGGUAAUGGUCUGUACGAGGGUCUGGACUGGCUGUCCAAUGAACUGGCAAAGCGUUAGACCACCUGACAGGAAGAAGGAAGCAGCAUCAACUGAUAUACUCAACUGAUGUCACCGUGUACAAACUGAAGAUCAAGGAGGCAUUUCACAGGACUUGUUUUGUUUUUUGUUGUUUUUCUUUUUUUUUUUUUUUUAAAUUAUAAAUGUGUCUUGUCAGUAGAAAGUGACAUCAUGGACUCUGAGCUCACUUUGAUUUCCCAUCAUCCUCUUCUUCUUCUCUCCUCCUGUUGUCUCUACAGAUGUUUGUCAGAUCUGUUUUUUCUUUUAAUCAGCAUGUUUUAACUGGUCAUGUGACAAGUGGCUGACUAUGAGGGGGCGGGGUUUACCUGAAGUGUGAUGACAGAACUCAUUCCACAGAGCCGAACCUGAAGGCCUCGUCAUUCCUUUUCAAUGUGAAGAAGAAGCAGAGAGACAACGAUGAUGCAAUAAAGGGUUUUUUUUUUUCUUCUCA